ACAGAUUUCUGUUUCUGACGCAAGAUAGUAAAAUUAAAAACUAUCACGUGGCAAUCUCGUUGAGUAAAGCCAGGAAAUAUUUCAUCAAUUUAGUGUAAAUGUCUUCUGAUCCAAAUUUACAAGGUGCUACGAAGUCUAUGGCUAAACCAAAUGAGGCUGAUGGCCAAAAGCCGAAAACAGAGAAAGAGCUUCAAAAAGAAGCCGCAAAAGCAGCAAAACUCGCUAAAUUUGAAGCUAAAAAAGCAAAAGAAGCUGCACUGAAGGCACAACAAGCCUCUGCAGAUAAGCAAGAGAAAAAAGUGAAAAAAGAGAAACAGGAGAAAACUGUUAUUAUUUAUGAUAGUUCUACAAAACCCGGUGAAAAGAAAGAUACGCAACGGCCUUUACCUGAUUCAUACAAUCCCACUUAUGUUGAAGCUGCUUGGAAUGCCUGGUGGGAGAAAGAAGGUUUCUUCAAACCGGAAUAUAAGACGUCUUCUCUGAGGGAGCCUAACCCUAAAGGGAAAUUUAUGAUGGUUAUACCACCACCUAACGUAACUGGAUCCCUUCACUUGGGACAUGCUUUAACUACCGCAGUUGAAGACUGUAUAACAAGAUGGCAUCGAAUGAAUGGAAAGACUGUACUUUGGAAUCCCGGCUGCGAUCACGCAGGCAUAGCUACUCAAGUUGUAGUAGAAAAAAAAUUAAUGAGGGAGCAGGGGUUAAGUAGACACGAUGUCGGCAGGGAGAAAUUUAUAGACGAAGUUUGGAAAUGGAAGAAUCAAAAAGGUGAUCAAAUAUAUGAACAAUUACGCAAACUAGGUGGAUCCUACGAUUGGGACAGAGCUUGCUUUACAAUGGACGAGAAACUUUAUCGUGCGGUACGAGAAGCUUUUAUCCGAUUACACGAAAAGAAAAUCAUUUACAGAAGUAAUCGUCUAGUUAAUUGGUCAUGCACUUUAAAAUCAGCCAUUUCCGACAUCGAAGUAGAUAAAAAAGAAUUAAAGGGUAGAACUCUUUUGGCCGUCCCAGGUUAUGAAGAGAAAGUAGAAUUUGGCGUACUCAUUCAUUUCGCCUAUAAAAUUGAAAAUUCUGAUGAAGAAAUUAUUGUUGCAACAACUAGAAUUGAAACGAUGCUUGGGGACACGGCUAUAGCUGUUCAUCCUGAAGAUAAAAGAUAUUCUCAUUUCAAAGGAAAAUACGCUAUUCACCCCUUCUUUGAUCGUAAAAUACCAAUAGUUUUUGACGAGUUUGUCAAAAUGGAGUUUGGUACCGGUGCUGUAAAAAUAACACCUGCUCAUGAUCAAGACGAUUACGAUGUCGGUAAGAGAAACAACUUACCUUCCAUAUCAAUAUUAACUGAUGACGGUUGUAUGACGUCUGAAUGCGGACAAUUUUCAAAUAUGAAACGCUUCAAUGCCAGAAAGGCAGUACUUGAAGCUUUGAAAGCGAAAGGCUUGUAUAGAGAAACAACGGACAAUCCAAUGAUUGUUCCAUUCUGUAGCCGAUCAAAGGAUGUAAUCGAACCAAUUUUAAAACCGCAAUGGUAUGUGGAUUGUCAAGAUAUGGCUAAGAAAGCGGUGAAUGUUGUACGAGAUGGUAAAUUAAAGAUUAUUCCUGACAUGUUUGAAAAGACAUGGUUUUCUUGGAUGGAGAAUUGCAGAGACUGGUGUAUCUCUAGACAAUUAUGGUGGGGUCACAGAGUGCCAGCCUAUUUUGUUUCAUCAGCCGAUAAUAGCAUACCGCCAGGAUCUGAAGAAGAUGAAAAUUAUUGGGUCUCUGCUCACACGAAAGAAGAGGCUCUUAAGAAAGCUUCCGAAAAAUUUGGGGUACCAGCUGAAAAGAUUCAACUAAGCCAGGACGAAGAUGUACUCGACACAUGGUUCUCCUCCGGUCUAUUCCCAUUUUCUAUUUUUGGUUGGCCUGAUGAAACACUUGAUCUAAAAACAUUUUAUCCUGGUUCUCUUCUAGAAACUGGUCAUGAUAUUUUGUUUUUCUGGGUAGCCAGAAUGGUAAUGUUAGGUCAGGAGUUGCUGGGAGAAUUACCAUUUAAAGAAGUUUAUCUUCACGCAAUGAUCAGAGAUGCACAUGGUAGAAAAAUGAGUAAAUCAUUGGGUAACGUUAUCGAUCCAAUUAAUGUAAUACAAGGAAUAUCGUUGGAGGAUCUUCAUAAACAGCUAUACAAUUCUAAUUUAGACCCAAAAGAAAUCGAAAAAGCUAUAGAAGGCCAAAAAGGAGACUAUCCGAAUGGAAUACCAGAAUGUGGGAGCGACGCUCUACGUUUUGCUUUAUGUGCCUAUACGCUUCAGGGCAAGGAUAUCAACUUGGAUGUCUUACGCAUUCAAGGAUACCGAUUUUUCUGCAAUAAAUUAUGGAAUGCUGUACGAUUUGCAAUUUCAAGUUUGGGUGACAAUUAUAAACCAUCAAUUGAAGAAAAGCCGAAAGACGAUAUUUCCUUGAUAGACAAGUGGAUAUUCAGCCGUUUAAGUCAAACAAUUGCAGUAUGUAAAAAUGGCUUUGAAGGUUACGAAUUUCCCAAAGUCACUACAGCCAUUUACAACUUUUGGCUAUAUGACUUAUGCGAUGUUUAUCUAGAGUGUAUUAAAAGUAUACUGUCUAGUAAUGAUGAAAAGUCAAAAGAAAAUGUACGAUCAACCCUUUAUACUUGUUUGGACGUCGGUCUGAGAUUAGCUCAUCCAUUUAUGCCAUUUGUAACUGAAGAGUUAUGGCAAAGAUUACCUAGAAGAAAACCGGAAACUGAUGCCUCUAGUAUUUGCGUAAGUCCCUACCCUUUGCCAGAAGAUUUCGCAGGCCUAAUAAAUAAAGAACUAAACGAAGAAAUAGACUUUUCUAUGAACAUUAUAAAAACUAUUAGAUCGGCCAGAGGGGAUUAUCAAUUAACUAAUAAAACGAAAACGGAUCUAGUAAUCAAAUGCGAAGAUGAAGUGUUGCAAAAUAGUUUGACUAAACAUAAAGAAAUGAUUCGAAUGUUGGCGAAAGGUGAAGAUGUUCAAAUUGUUACGUCGGCCAAUAAUUUAACAGGAUAUGCAAUGCAAACUGUUUCAUCUAAAUGUUGCGUUUAUUUAAAAUUACUUGGAUUGUUGAAUUUUGAAAAAGAAAUUUUAAGGCAAAACAAUAAAAAAGAUCAGCUGGUGAAAAAACUUGAGGAUUUAUUGAAGAAGAUGAAGAUACCAGAUUACGAGACAAAAGUUCCUCAAAAUGUUAAAGAGCAGAACGAAGAGAAGAAAAAGAAUAUUGAAGAAGAAAUAGAAAAGAUUUCCGCUGCUAUAAGUAAUUUAAUUAGCUUACAGGCCGAAUAA